GGCGCCUCAUCCAGCCUGGUCGUGAAGUUUGCAGACACGGAUAAGGAGAGGACCCUGCGGCGGAUGCAUCAGAUGGCGGGGGAGCGGGGGAUCUUCCAACCAGUGCCACUGAGUGCAGGUGCCUGUCAGGGUUGGCAGCAGCAGGCAGCCCUGAUGGCCGCUGCGCAGGGGACCUGCCUCAACCCCAUGGCCGCCAUCGCCGCCGCCCAGAUGCAGCAGAUGGCCGCCUUUAACGUCAGUGGGCUGGUGGCUGCCCCCCUCACCCCCUCUUCAGGUACAAGCACCCCUCCUGGCAUCAGCACGGCACCAGUGCCCAGCAUCGCCACCCCGAUUGGGGUCAAUGGCUUCAGCCCGCUGCCGCCCCAGACCAACGGGCAGCCCACCUCCGAGACCAUCUACACCAACGGCAUCCACCCCUACCCAGCUCAAAGCCCCACGGUGGCAGAUCCCCUCCAGCAAGCCUACGCAGGCAUGCAGCACUAUGCAGCAGCAUAUCCCACCGCCUACGCACCCAUCAGCCAAGCCUUCCCCCAGCAAGCACCCAUCAUCCCACAGCAGCAGCGAGAAGGUCCCGAAGGCUGUAACCUGUUUAUUUAUCACCUGCCCCAGGAGUUCGGGGACGCAGAGCUCACGCAGAUGUUCUUGCCUUUCGGCAAUGUCAUCUCUGCCAAAGUCUUUGUGGACCGUGCCACCAACCAGAGUAAAUGCUUUGGUUUCGUCAGUUUUGACAAUCCGACGAGCGCUCAGGCAGCCAUUCAGGCCAUGAACGGCUUCCAGAUUGGCAUGAAGAGGCUAAAAGUCCAGCUCAAGCGGCCAAAAGAUGCCAACAGACCCUACUGACCUCUGCUCACCCUGGCCCUAUGGAGAGGU